AUGACUCAAGUUUUGUUGGCUACUGCUCUUAUCAAGGCACAGACAAGACAAGGCUCAACACAACUGCUAAGAGUGUUAUUGGAUCAAGGAUCCCAGGCAUCAUUCAUAACACAUUCAGCAGUUCAACUUCUUGGUCUUAAAAGAACGCCCACUCGAUCGGUGAUUUCAGGUAUUGGUGGUGAGAGAGGCGUGUUAGCCUCAGAGCAUACAGUCAAUGUGACUAUUCACUCCCAUCUAGAUUCGGAUUUCAGCCUUCAAAUCAACGCUUAUGUUUUAAGCAACAUAACGUCUUUAUUGCCAUCAGUGAAGGUAGUACCGUGGAAAUGGCCUGAGUUAGAAGCCAUUUCUUUAGCAGAUCCAGAGUUCCACACGCCAAACAGGAUAGAUAUCCUGCUUGGUGCCGACGCCUACGCUCAGGUGUUGGGAGAAGGCCUGGUAAAGGGUCCACCCGGUGGACCAAUAGCUCAAAAUACAGCACUAGGCUGGAUUUUAUCAGACAAGAUUUCAUCAACUGGUGACAGCAUCAGUUGCCAUCACGCAGUUAUUAGUUACCCAGACCAGGCAGACGAAAACGCACUACUGAAACAAUUUUGGGAAAUUGAAUCAGUAAUUCCUGGUACACAGAAAAUCCUUUCUGAAGAAGAACUGCGUUGUGAAGAGUUUUAUUCCCAAACGACUCGUCGAGAUGAAGAUGGUCGUUACGUUGUGAAGCUUCCAUUCCGUGAUGAUGAUCCAAAAUGCCAGUAUGAAAAUACUAAGGCGCUGGCACUCAAGAGGUUUCUGCAUCUGGAACAAAAAUUCCAAAGAAAUCCUGAAAUAGCAAAGAGAUAUUCUGAGGUAUUUCAUGAAUACAAAGAGCUUGGUCAUGUAGAGCACGUACCUGAAGAUGAUCGCGAGGUCAAAACUGCAGUUUACUUACCUCACCACGCUGUAAUACGAGAAGACAAAUCUACUACCAAGGUCAGAAUCGUUUUUGAUGCUUCGAUGAAGGGUGCAAAUGGGUCAUCUCUGAAUACCGAUUUGAUGGUAGGUCCCACUCUGCAACCGCCGCUUCGACACAUCCUCAUGAAGUGGAGGAUGCAUCCCAUUAGUCUUUGCUGCGACAUUGUGAAGAUGUAUCGGCAGGUGAAGAUCGCUCCUGAAGAUGCAGAUUUCCAGAGAAUAGUAUGGCGUGAUAGUCCCUCGUCUGAAAUGGAAGAAUACAAGUUAGUGACAGUGACGUUUGGUACUGCUUCAGCACCUUACCUUGCUGUGAAAACACUCCAGCAGAUUGCAGUUGAUGAAGGAGCACGUAGUCCCGAAGUAGCUGAAAAAAUUAAGAAGGAUUAUUACGUAGAUGACUUAAUGAGUGGCUGUCAGACAGUAGAAGAAGGAGUAAAGAUAUACAAGGAUAUGACAGAGAUACUUGCGAAGGGCGGCUUUCAGUUGCAGAAAUGGGUGAGUAGCUGUAAGGAGUUAGAAGAGGAGAUUUCUAGGAAAGGAAGUGAAUGCGGUACGAACAACGAAGAGGAAAGGAGCAUUGAUGGAGGCAUUAAGGAUAUAAGUAUCGAUAAAGUAAUGAAAAUACUUGGUAUUACCUGGGAUCGUAGAAGUGACGAAUUCAAGUAUGCAGUCAAUCUUCCAACCAGUCAAGGACAAAUCACCAAACGAAAGACGGACUCGAGUGUGGUGUUAGCGUGGCUUAGCAGCCAUCCCAGCCGGUGGACUACAUUUGUUGGAAAUAGAGUAUCAACUAUUUUAUCUAAUUUUGAAAACAAUUACUGGGCACAUGUACAGUCUGCAGAAAAUCCUGCAGACCUAGCGUCUAGAGGAAUAACUCCUCAAGAGUUAUCUGAAAGUGUGUUGUGGGCUCAAGGUCCAUCUUGGUUGCUGAAUGACAAGAUUGAAUAUAAAAGGCCAAGGUCGAUUGCUACAAAUUUGGAGAAAAGAUCUGUAAAGACUCAUCUUGUCACAGAAAAUACUCAAGACAUCACAGUAUGGACGAAAUUUUCGAAGUUGAAAAAAUUAUUGAGAGUUAUAGCAUAUUGCAGGAGAGUAUUGAAAUGGAAAGGUAUAGAUAAACAGAAUAACAAGAAAAGAUAUGAGUUGUGUCUUCAGAAUGAAGAAAUAGAAGAAGCAAGAAAGGUUUGUAUACGACAUGUACAGAAUCAACAAUUUAAAGAAGAAAUCAUUGAUUUAAAAAGAAUUGGAAGAGUUAAGGAAAAAAGCAAACUCAAAUGUCUGUGUCCAUUCAUAGACAAGGAUGGAAUUUUGCGCGUCAGUGGUCGCAUAGAAAACGCUCAGGUAGAAAUGAGUGCCAAACACCCAAUUAUUCUGCCUCGUACUCAUCAUUUUACUAAUCUUGUGAUUGAUGAAGCUCACCAGAAGACCCUACACGGCGGUCCAACUUUAAUGUUGUGCCAUUUGCGCUCUCAGUUUUGGAUUAUUUCAGCCAAAUCGUUAGUAAAGGCUUGGGUUCGCAAUUGCGUAAAAUGUAAGAGAUAUGCUGUAUCUAAUCAAAAUCAACUAAUGGGUCAAUUGCCGCCUUGUAGAAUCACACCAGCGAGACCAUUUAAGCACUGUGGAGUCGAUUUUGCUGGCCCAAUAAACAUCAGAGUGUCCAAGGGAAGAGGACAUCACUCAUACAAGGGAUACAUUUGUGUCUUUGUAUGUAUGGUCACCAAGGCAAUUCACUUGGAGGCCAUCAGCGAUUUGAUUGCCCAAGGUUUUAUUGCUGGUUUCAAGCGUUUUGUGGCUAGGAGAGGUUUGGUGAGUGACAUGUGGAGUGACAAUGGAACCAAUUUUGUUGGGGCUGCCAAGGAACUCCAACACUUGGUUGAAGCAGAGAAGUCUUCCGUGGCAGUCGAGAUCAGGCAAUGGUUAGGAAACAACGGAACUUCCUGGCAUUUUAUACCCCCUCAUGCACCAAACUUCGGGGGCUUGUGGGAGGCCGGUGUUAAGGCAACAAAGGGCCAUUUGAAACGUGUCUAUGGAGAUUCGACACUAACAUUCGAGGAAAUUUCAACAGUCCUAGCGCAAAUUGAGGCUUGUUUAAACUCUAGACCGUUGUCGAUGCUGUCUGACGAUCCUAAAGACCCAACGCCACAAACUCCUGGACAUUUUUUGAUCGGAGAACCUCUCUUGACGGUUCCCGAUCGCAGUUAUGAAGACGCGAAGAUCAGUAGCUUAAGACGAUGGCAGGUUACUCAACGAAUGAUCCAGCAGUUUUGGAAACGUUGGUCGUCUGAAUAUUUGACACAUUUGUCACAAAGGUACAAGUGGACCAAACAUACACCUGAACCUAAAAUUGGUGACAUUGUUUUAGUCAAGGAGAACGGUUUACCUCCUGCUCGAUGGUUGUUGGGACGAGUUGUUACCAAAUAUCCUGGUGAUGACCAAAUUACACGUGUAGUGGCUCUCAAAUGCAAUGGUUCUAUCAUUAAGCGGCCUACAUCAAAUUUGAUAGUGUUACCUGUUGCACAAUAA